GUUGGAUUCGCAUACCGGUACGGUACUCUCCCUGGCUUGGAUUCGGAUACUUGGUACAGUGCGGUGUGAUAGUCACGAAGCAGAAAAGCUAGCAGAGUACGGGCUCAUGAGUGAACUGGAUGAGAAAAAAGAGGGCCAGGCUUCUUUUGCUUUGCCUGAUUUUUGUCUGCUCGCUCGCUCAUUCAUUUAGUCACUCUCACCAUCUCUGGUGCUUGUCUGACCAGACUAGCAAGCAAGCACUUACAUACAUACAUAUACAGUACAUACACACCCCAUACAUACCGGUACAUGUACGGUACUAGACUGCCCGCCGUGCUUUUCCCACACUCCUUAAGGGCCCUCUCCCUCUUUUUCUCUUCUUUUCCCCUCCCGCCGUAGUUCUGUCCUGCCUUUUCUCUUUCCCAUAUUCAUUCUUUAGCCCGCUUCUUCCUUCUUCCCUUUCUUCCUUCCUUCUGUCCUCUCCGUCUUCAUCUUCCCAGUCACCUUCAUUUUAGUUGUUUUUGUCUCUUAGAGCCUUCUCAGCUGGGUGUUGUUGUCUUCGCUCUCCGCCAGGGUCCCUUUUUUUUUCUUUCUGCACUCCCCCCAGGCACCACUUCUUCCUCCUUUUUUUUUUUUACCCCCUUGCAAAAGAGUAAUACCAUACAAUUCUUCCGAUACUGCACCCGUGAGCUUAAACCUUCUCUGGUUCCUCUCAUCUUUCUUGCGUCUUUCGCUUUCGCCAUUACUACUCAAUUAAUUUUUGGUUUGACGAGAUUUCGGCACGAUUGAUUGAUCGGUUAUAGGGGAAUUGGUGAAUUUAUUUUUUAUCUGGUCGAUUAAUUUCCUCCUGGUGAGCACCCAUGACAACCCCUACCCCUUUAACAACUAGUGAAUGAAUACCCGCUCAAGAUAUUUUCCCAUCUAUAGCAACCAUCUCUUUCCGUUGAUUGCUAGCUUUUCUAAUAGUUUCUCGUUGCGUCAGAUACUCCAAUUCAUCUCUACCGGCUUAUCGUGCUUCAUAAUAUUAUACUCCUUGUUGAAGUUGCUACCAACAACAGUUCGAUAGCUUGCUGUGUUCUGCUAUCUCACCUAUUGCCGGCAGCCACAGAAGCCCCCGUACGCGUCCGGAAAUAAUACACCGGACUCACCUUCAAAUCCAUCACCACGGCUGUCUUGCAGGUUCCGCACUUGGACAGGUUUGUCCUACCGCAUUUGCUAGGAGGAGCGAUGCACAGUGAAUCUGUUCAAGCGACCAGAUUACCCCAUCCUCUUUCAAAAUCGUCGUCAGCAGAUCGUGCAAACGGAGAACAGAUGUCUAUGCCCGGUGGAUUUAGCACUGAUUCAGUCAAUCACCCCACCAGGCGCCGCGUGAACAUGCCGUCAAUCAACACUGGGGCUCCCCAGGGUGGGGACAAUGGCAUGGCCUCUCCAGGGACUGGGUACGAUAUGAAUUUCACCCCACUGCUCCCUUCCCAGCUCCUUUUGGGUUCCCCGUUUCAACCCGGUACUCCCAGUGCCUUUGCUUCUCCCAAUUUCCCGAUGCACGGAUUCCAGCAGACUCCAACAUCCGGGAACCCCCUUUCGCCGACUUUCGGUGCCAACGGUUUGGGGUCACCUACCGGUUUCAACCCGCAGUACGCUACCUACUAUCAGCAAUCUUCGCCCACUGCUACUUCUCCGUUGGCUGCGACUCCCGGUAUGAUCGCGGGUACCUCGCGUACUGUGUAUCUUGGAAAUAUUCCGCCCGAGACGUCUGCGGAAGAAAUUCUUGGUCACGUGCGCUCGGGCCAAAUUGAGUCUGUGCGUCUCUUGCCCGACAAGAAUUGUGCUUUCAUCUCGUUCCUUGACAGUUCUUCUGCCAACCACUUUCACUCCGAUGCGAUCUUGAAGAAGCUCUCCAUCAGGGGCCAGGACGUCAAGGUUGGCUGGGGAAAGCCUUCCCAGGUGCCCACUUCGGUAGCUCUGGCCGUACAGCAGUCGGGUGCUUCCCGUAACGUGUAUCUCGGGAAUCUCCCCGAGGAUGUGAGUGAAGAGGAGCUUAGGGAGGAUCUUGGAAAGUUUGGACCUAUUGAUACUGUCAAGAUUGUUCGUGAGAAGGCUAUUGGAUUCGUACACUUUUUGUCCAUCGGCAAUGCCAUCAAGGCUGUCUCUCAACUCCCUCAGGAGGCCAAGUGGCAGUCUCCUCGUCGUGUUCACUACGGAAAGGAUAGAUGUGCCUAUGUUUCCAAGACCCAGCAACAGAAUGCUGCUCAGUAUCUUGGAAUCGCCCCCGGGUAUGCCCAUGUACUCAAUGGAGCUGAUAGGGAGAUGAUCUCUUCGGCCCUCGCACAGCAGUCUGUAGCCGCAGCAGCAGUCGCAACCUCAGCUGGCGGGAUGAACAACCUCGGGAACCGGACAGUUUACCUAGGCAACAUUCACCCAGAGACAACCAUCGAAGAGAUUUGUAACGUUGUCCGUGGUGGGCUCCUGCACCACAUCCGCUAUAUCCCCGACAAGCAUAUCUGCUUUGUUACCUUCAUUGAUCCCACUGCGGCAGCGAGUUUUUAUGCUCUGUCGAAUCUUCAGGGAUUGAUGAUUCAUAACCGUCGUCUUAAGAUUGGAUGGGGUAAGCACUCAGGUGCUCUUCCCCCCGCUAUUGCUCUUGCGGUUUCGGGUGGUGCGAGCAGGAAUGUUUAUGUUGGGAAUCUGGAUGAAUCAUGGAGUGAGGAGCGUCUCCGACAGGAUUUCUCAGAGUAUGGAGAGAUUGAGCUGGUGAAUGCAUUGAGGGAGAAGAGCUGUGCGUUUGUUAAUUUUACCAACAUUGCGAAUGCCAUCAAAGCAAUUGAAGCCGUGCGAGGGCGAGAGGAGUACAAGCGCUUCAAGAUCAACUUCGGGAAGGAUAGAUGCGGCAACCCGCCUAGACAGACAACAAACAACCAUCAGUCUGGUACCCCAACUUCUGCUGGCCAUCCGCCCUUGCCGAGCACCAGCCCUGUAAAUGGGCCUCCAUCUGGUGGCCUCCAGCCCAGUUUGUCUCAGUCUGGAUCCGGAGGAAGUCCGGCUCAGCUUAGUCCGUCUGGCUUGCAAAACUCUAACAGCCCUAACAAUGUCGGGACUCCAACUACCCCAAACGUUCAGCACAUGCUCAACAAUAGUGCUGCCGCGAACCCUCUCCAGGCGUAUCUUGCUCAGCAGCAACAGCAGCAGGAGGCGGCUAUGUAUGCUUCCUCUCUCCAACAGCAGCUUGCUGCUGCUCAGGCGGCUGCCGUCUAUGGCCAGCCGUCUGGUUCUCAGCUUGACCCCUCCGGCCAGGCUGCCACUGCAGCUGUCGAUGGGCUAGGUCAAAACCACAAUGGAGUGAACGGAUUGGGGCUUGGAGGUAUGGGUAUUCAAAACCAGAACCUGAGGGUUGGAGGGCAGCACAACCGUGCAUUGAGUAUGCCAGUUUUGGGACAGCAGAACCAGGUUGGACUCGGCGUUAAUGGUUAUAAUGGUAUGGGGAACAGCAUUGGAUGGGCCGAGGAAGAUGUCAAUAUGCGUUGAAAGGGGUAUUUGGAGGGACGUAAUUACGGGGUAAUUUUUAACAGUCAGAUUUUGGGAUAAUUAGAGGAAUACAUUUUGGAGAUGAAUAUUUUUGUUUCAUUGGAAGAGUAGGGACGCGGAAAGAACCGACUUACAGUGUUUUAAUGGGCUCUUUAUCGUUUAUUUUGUUUCUGCCCACCACAUUGCUAUCCUUUUUUGCAUUAACCUUUUAUAUCGUUCGACCAACAUGUACUCUCAUUUAGUGUGAUGAUUGAGAACCCUUGACUUCCGACUUUUUUUUCUCCCUUUUCUUUGUAUUGUUAUGUUUUUUUUUUUAUCUUUUAACCACAACUCCCGGUUUUGGAUUUCAGAUUACCCCUUUGCCGUUUCGAUACUUGAGUCUGCAUUCUUUUUGAAUUUUCUUUUAUUAUUUUUUUAUAUCCUUUCAUUUAUUAUUUAUCCUAUUUCGAUUUUUAUUCUGUUUUUCUGUAGGGAUGGAAAAAUUUUAUCAUCGAGUCAUAUCAUAUCGCAGCAUAUCACAUGGUUCUUGCUUGUUCGUUCUGAUGGUGGUGUAUUGCAUGUUUAUUAGCAUAUCGCGUGUUCCGUUGGGGGAGGGGAGGGAUAUUGUAGUAUUAUCGCCGUGGGUAUUAUCAUGUGUUGGAUGCUGCUCGCCUCAUAGGAUAAGGGCGAUGAGGCGUGGUAAGGGAUGUUUUGGAAAAGGAAAAGAAAAGAUGGAAGGGAGAAGAGCAAAGCCAUAAUCAUCAUCAUUACACCAUAAGUUAGCUAAGGACUAAUCUUUUAACUCGUCGAAUAAGGGAAGCACUAUUUACCCGUGCCUUGCGAUAAUUUAUGUGCACAAACUCGUGAGGAUUGGCACGCGUUGGUGCAGUAUCCCUCCCUGCCAUUCCCGCCCGGGAUUGCAUCACUGCUUCUCACUCGAUAACACUUGGUUGUGAGUAUGGUGCCGCGUUUUUUUUCUUCUUUUUUAAUUUUCAAUUUGUUUACCGGUACGAGUAUUUUAUUUUAUUUUUAGGCUGCAAGGGGAUGGAUGGAUGGAUGGAUGGGUGGAUAGAUGAAUGGUUCGUUUUGAUAUUUGUUGGGUGGGAUGGUGGGUUCUACGGUUGUGGCGAUUAUUGGACCGGGUGGUGUGGGAGCGCGUUGGAUUGGGACGUGAUGGUGUGGGGGGCGGAUUGUGCCGGAGGGUUUUUGCGUGUGU